AUGGCUUCUUCACCAGAAGUAGAGUCUGGUCCGGGCGUGACUGGCGAUAUGGAAAAGGUCAGCCACUCGUUCAAGGAGGACUCGUCCUUUGUUCUCUCUGAGGAACAAGCGCUUGCGAAAGCCAGGAGCAGCCCAAAUGAGGCGUUUCCUAUCCUCAUCACUUACGCAUUCGAUGAUCAUGACAAUCCUCGACACUGGCCGAAAUGGCGCAAAUGGUAUAUCAGUAUCUUCGUCAGUAUGCUGAAUGUUUUCACAACAUGGUGUGCUGGUGGAAUCUCAUCAGGCGCAACAGGCAUUCAAAAUGAAUUUGGUGUCUCCUCCGAAAUUACUACACUAGCUUUAUCCCUCUACGUGCUGGGUUAUGCCAUCGGCCCUGUUCUCUUAGCGCCUCUCUCAGAAUACUUCGGUCGCCAACCCGUUUACGUCGUAUCCUGGUUCAUCCUGUUCCUGUUUCAACUCCCAUUAGCACUCGCCCCUAACAUUGGAACCAUCCUGGUCUGUCGCUUCAUUGCAGGCUGCGCUGGAGGCGCACCAUUGACAAACACGGGCGGCAGUAUCAGCGAUUUGUGGGAGCGGAACGAGAGUGGUGGUCCGAUGGCCGUCUACGGACUCAGCAGUACAUUCGGACCUCCAAUGGCACUCGUCAUCUCCGGCUACAUUGGGCUCAAUCUGGGAUGGCGAUGGAUAUUCUGGAUCCUCAUGGCAAUCUCUGGUGGUGUUUGGCUUGUGCUAGUUUCGACAAUUCCCGAAACUCGCCACUCUGCUAUUUUGCAGAAGAAGGUUCGUCGCGUAUGCAAGCAGAUGAGAAAAGAGAACCUGCGAUCUGCAGAAUCUACAACCGACAUUCAUGCCAGUGACCGCAAGGGGCUGCGCGAACUAUUUGGAAUUACCCUUACCCGCCCAUUCCGGUUCUUGUUUUCCGAACCUAUCACCCUUUUCUCGGCGAUUUACAAUGGUUUCUUGUACGGCCUUGUCUACUUAUUCAACGAGGCUAUCCCCUUGGUAUUUGGAGCCCCUGACGGGCACCCCUUCAACACUGGGCAACAGGGACUGGCUUUCCUAGGCAUGGCCAUCGGCCCUAUCAUCGCCUUUUGCUUCUACCCCCUCCAGGAGAGGUACUACCUUCGGCGUGUUGCAGAAAAUAACGGCAAGGGUGUCCCCGAGGCGCGUAUGUGGAUGGCUCGCGGUGGUGCUAUCUUGAUUCCGAUCAGUUUAUUCUGGUUCGGAUGGACUAGCUAUAAAUCCGUUCAUUGGAUUGUGCCCAUCAUUGCCUCUUCCUUUUUCGGCGCUGGUAUUUAUAUCGUGAUUCUCAGUAUUCUCAACUAUGUGGUGGAUAGCUACCAAACCUAUUCAGCCUCGGCCCUUGCAGGUGUGAUUUUGAUUCGCAAUAUUGUCGGAGCGGGUUUCCCCUUGUUUGCGACCCAGAUGUAUGAAAAACUUGACUACGAGUGGGCUUCAAGUUUGCUGGGAUUCAUUUCCAUUCUGUUGGUGCCAAUCCCCUUCAUUUUCUUCUACAAGGGUGAAGCCAUUCGUCUCCGCAGUCCUUGGGCUAGAGAGCACUUCGACCAGAACGAGGACAACCCUCACUGA